UUGAGGAAAGCGCAAAGGUGAUGCGCAAACGCGACUAACACCACGGUCUACCCAAGAUAUCGAUAUAGUUUCUUAACCAGUGGAAUCACGAGUACACGUUAUCGUACAGAUUUGCAAAUGCCACUGUCUAAGUGUCAAUCUUAAAUCCCCCAAGUUAUAUUGAAAUUACAUAACACUCAUCAUUACAUAAUAUUUACUACUGUCACUAAUUGAUUAAUUGACUAGAUAAGUAAUCUAUUUAUUCAUAGUGGCUUUCCCCUAAAUACUAACACGUGAUAAAUGAUCAUUUCUAAUGGCAUUCAAGACUUUUUGAUUCUCUAAUGACUAUAGAAAUGAAGCAAGUAGUGGAAAAAGGAUGAUCAGUGUCAGACAUAAGAAUCCACAUGUGAAUCGUGGAAAUGGUGACUUGUUUAUGUUCUGUCUAUAGUUGUUAUUGGUUAUUGAUGUCACUAUACUCUUUAUUAACUAUUUAGUAUUUAGUUAAUAAUUAUGUGAAGAAUGUUCAUAUUUUGCAAUCGAUCUUCUGAGAAGCUUUCCAAGUGAUCAGAUAAUAAUUACUGAUAAACUGUAGCCAAAAAGAUAACAAAAGUCCUGCAGACCUCGGCUCGCAGGAACCUGUUGUAGUUAAUUGAUCAUCACGUAUGAGAAUCUUUCACUGUUAUUAUCAGCAAUUGAAUUGGGAAAAAAAUAAUGCCAAGGCCGUCGCGUGAUUCAUACAAUGGCGAGCAGAAGCCGCCGUACUCUUAUAUCUCGUUGACAGCCAUGGCAAUCUGGUCUUCCAAAGACAAGAUGCUACCACUUGCUGAGAUCUAUCGCUUCAUUGCUGAUCGUUUUCCAUACUAUAGGAGGGAUACUAGACGCUGGCAGAAUUCUUUGAGGCAUAAUUUGUCAUUCAACGAUUGUUUUAUCAAGGUGCCACGAAAUCCUCAUACCCCAGGAAAAGGAGCAUAUUGGGCUCUUCAUCCUGCUGCACUGUCAAUGUUUGAAAAUGGAUCCUACCUAAGACGUCGAAAACGCUUUAAACUUCCAAAAGAAGCUAAAGAAGAAAGUCAGGUGUUGGCUGAGACAGCAGCAAGGUUGGCUGCAAGCAAUUCAUGUUCUAUAACUGAUUGUCAAGUAAAUCCACUGUUUACCCAUCAGUCCCAUCAUGGAAAUUGCUAUCAAGAUCAAAGUCUUCCUCUGACCCAACGUCAACUUGACUUCUUGAAUUUUACAUCAAACCUUGCUGGACUUUCUGCCCAGGCUUCUCUAGAAAGUAGAUCAUUAAUGAAUGAAUCAAUGAUUUUAGAAGACUCGCCAGCAGCUAAAAAAACUUUAGAAUCAAUAAAAGAUCUAUCAAGUCAUCAUCGAGAUUCAUUUGAAACGAAGGUAGUGAGACCUAAACCCAUGGGUCCUAAGUCAUUUAAUAUUGAAAGCAUCAUCAAGACCAGCAGUUCGAGCGAACGACGACCUUCUAGGGAUGCUGAACUAAAUGUCUCUAGUCCUGUAGAUAUUCCAACAACUACAAGUUUAUUACCAUGGCCCAACUCUAAUUUAUAUUCCACGGGAUUAACCAAUCCCUUGAGCUCCUAUUCCCUAAAUCUUCAUCAAGCAGCGGCGGUCUACGCAACAGCUUUGGCAACAGCAAAUUUGUUUGCUUCACACCCGUCGUUCCACCAGACUUCUAAAGGACUCCCUGAGGGAGGAGCCUGCGGUCUUACAGCGUCAUCCCCGCUUUAUAAUUUUUAUCCAGGAGGGCUACCAAGUUUCUUUCGUCUAGAUUCAACUUCAGCUUCCACUUUUUCAACAGGUUUUCAAGAGAAUAUUGGUUUAUCAACAUUGACUCUUCCUUCAUUACCAAUGCCACCAUCACUUCAGUUUCCUAAGAUUGAAAACUCUAGUAUCGAAUUAAAGGAAAUUACUUCAUACACAGGAGAAAAUUGUAAAGAUUUAACCCCAACGUGAUUUGAAAUUUGUGUGAACUUUUUUAUGGACUUUUAAUGCAGUUGAUAAAGUGUUCCUUUAACGCACUUGUUUGAAAAUUAUGGACAACGGUAAAAAAGUGUUCCAUACGUUAUUAAGCGUUGAAGAAGCAUGUAACUACACUUCAGAUGAGGCUAUACAUGAACCUGCAGAAUUUUUUUAAACUUCUUUACUGCAUAUAU